AUGACUUUCUACAAUUCCUUCACAGGCGCAAUGGCCAGGAUAACAGGUGGAUUUGCACUGCAUGCUACAAGACGACAUCCUUGGAAAGUUGGGGCGAUGGAUGCUGACAGACUGAUUGCUGUUGGAGUCGAGUCCCAAACAUGGGUUCCAUGUAGUCAAGACAUGGAGACGGGCACGGUAUAUCUAUGGUACAUGGCAUCGACGAGGACGGAGAACAUCCAUGGGUACAUGUCACACAUGUCCUACCGUACCUACCGAACCUACUCUGAUACUGCAACCCCCAUGGCGGCUUCAUCUCGCAGCAUCUCGCAGCAUCUCCGCAGCCUUUUGCUUGAACGCUAUGUACCCUACCUAAUCCACCGGUACCUACUUGUCGCGAGUUCCCAGUCCCACUUUGGCUGA